CCCCGUCCCCCUCGGUUUAGGAAUUUGGCCGCUAGGGUUUCGACAAUGUCGGCGGCGGAGAGUCACGAGCGCACGGCGGCGGCGGCGGCGGAGGUGGCGGAGGUCGCGCCGGGCACCGCCGCCGCGUAUCUCGAUCCUCGCUACUGGGACGAGCGAUUCUCGUCGGAGGAGCACUACGAGUGGUGCAAGGACUACUCCCACUUCCGCCACCUCCUCCGCCCCCUCCUCUCCCCCUCCCUCUCCGUAUUGGAGCUCGGGAGCGGGAACUCGCGGCUGUGCGAGGAGCUCCGCCGCGAAGGCGUCGUCGACAUCACCUGCGUCGACCUCUCCCCCGUCGCCGUCCAGAGGAUGCGGAAGCGCUUGGCGGAUCGGGGCCUCGGCGGAAUCAAAGUUGUUGUCGCCGACAUGCUAGACCUGCCUUUUGACUCCGAAUCCUUUGAUAUAGUGAUUGAGAAAGGAACAAUGGAGGUAUUGUUCGUGGACAGCGGCGAUCCGUGGAAUCCCCAUCCUGAAAUAGUAAAUAAGGUGACGAAAAUGCUCGAAGGAGUUCACAAGGUCUUGAAACCGGAAGGCACUUUCAUUUCCAUUACCUUUGGACAGCCGCACUUGCGCCGGCCAUUCUUAGAAGCCCCAGGAUUAACGUGGUCUGUUGAAUGGGACACAUUCGGGGAAGCGUUCCACUAUUUCUUCUAUACCCUUAGGAAGGGGAAGAGAAUAUCGAAUAGCAGCGAGCGGAUCCAAAGCAAGAGGUUUGUCGACACUCCAACCGUCAGUUUGUUGCAUGAGGAGAUGGAGAGUGAGGAUUACAUUUUCCGCAUCACUGUCGACGUUGACGAGGUAAGUAAGAGGAAGGUGGAGAAGGGGAAGAGCUGAAGAGCCGGAGAUGGCCUAGUUUCGCAGAGACCGACACGUAUAUCAGUUUUGAUGCGCGCACGAACCUCCGACAAAUUUUAUUGUUGGUGUAAGAACAAUCAGUUAGUUUUGAUCGGUUGGCCCCGUUAACGUGGGUGAUUUUCAAAAUGACGAGUGUAAGAAAGUCGAUUAGCCUUUCAUUGAGCUUUGGUUUGAUCCAGUGACCGGAGAUAAUUGAGGAUAUGCCGCUUUUGUAAAAGUAAAGGAGGCAUAUAAAUUGUAAUUUUGGGAUGCUAUAUAUAUGUCAGAUGUUGUCAUGUUUCAUUCGAAAAGUUUGCCUAAGAAAUUA